AUCUGGAUGGAUGACAUUAACUGCACAGGGACAGAAGCUGCCCUCGCCGAUUGCAGGGCUCGGCCUUGGGGAAACAAUAACUGUCACCAUGGAGAAGAUGCUGGUGUUGUUUGCUCAGACUCAGCCCUUCCACAUCUGGCUCAGGUGCAAUUGCUGAACAGCCCAAGUCGCUGCGCUGGGAGAGUCGAGGUGAUUCGUAACCAGCUGUGGGGAACCGUGUGUGAUGACGGCUGGGACUUACAGGAUGCCGGAGUCGUGUGCAGGCAGCUGGGCUGUGGGACGGCGUUAUCAGCCCCAGGAGGGGCUCGAUUUGGACAAGGAUCUGGGCCAAUUUUGCUGGAUGAGGUUAACUGCACAGGGACCGAAGCUGCCCUCUCCGAAUGCAGAGCUAGGCCUUGGGGGGAUCAUAAUUGUCACCACAGAGAAGAUGCCGGUGUUGUGUGCUCAGGCUCAGGCAUCUCAGAAGUGGCACAGCUACGACUGGUGAAUGGUUCGAGUCGCUGCACUGGGAGAGUCGAGGUGCUUCACAACCAGCAGUGGGGAACCGUGUGUGAUGACAGCUGGGACAUAAUUGAUGCUCAAGUCGUGUGUAUGCAGCUGGGCUGUGGGACAGCGCUAUCAGCACCAGGAGCGGGUCGAUUUGGGCGAGGAUCAGACCCUAUCUGGCUGGAUGAUGUUCAGUGCAAAGGGACAGAAAUUGGCCUUUCCGAAUGCAGGGCUCGGCCUUGGGGACACAAUAACUGUCACCACGGAGAAGAUGCCGGUGUUGUGUGCUCAGACACCGACAUCUCCGAAGUGACUCAGCUGCGACUGGUGAACGGUUCGAGUCACUGCGCUGGGAGAGUCGAGGUGUUUCAUAACAAGAAGUGGGGAACUGUGUGCAAUGACAGCUGGGACCUACUGGAUGCUGGAGUCGUGUGUAGGCAGCUGGGCUGUGGGACGGCAUUAUCAACCCCCACUGGAGCUCACUUUGGGCGAGGAUCUGACCAUAUCUGGCUGGGUAAUGUCAACUGCACGGGGACAGAAGCUGCCCUCUCCCAGUGCAGGGCUAGGCCCUGGGGAGACAGUAACUGCACCCAUGAAGAAGAUGCCGGUGUUGUGUGCUCAGACUCAGGCAUUUCAGAGCAGACUUCGCUCCGUCUGGUGAACGGCCCGAGUCGCUGCACUGGGACAGUCGAGGUGCUUCACAACCAGCAAUGGGGAACUGUGUGUGAUGACAGCUGGGAUUUAACUGAUGCUGGAGUCGUGUGCAGGCAGCUGGGCUGUGGCACGGCGUUAUCAGCCCCAGGCGCGGCUCACUUUGGGCGAGGAUCUGACCCCAUCUGGCUGGAUGCCGUUCACUGCACAGGGACAGAAGCUGCCCUCUCCGAUUGCACGGCUCGGUCUUGGGGAGACAAUAACUGUAACCACGGAGAAGAUGCCGGUGUUGUGUGCUCAGACUCACGCAUUUCACAGCAGACUCAGCUCCGACUGGUGAACGGCCUGAAUCGCUGCACUGGGAGAGUCGAGGUGCUUCACAGCCAGCUGUGGGGAACGGUGUGUGAUGACAGCUGGGAUUUCGCUGAGGCCAGAGUCGUGUGCAGGCAGCUGGGCUGUGGGAUGGCGUUAUCAGCCCCAGGAGGGGCUCGAUUUGGACGAGGCACUGAUCCCAUCUGGCUGGAUAACCUUCACUGCACAGGGGAAGAAGCUGCCCUCUCCGAUUGCAGGGCUCAGCCUUGGGGAGACCAUAACUGUAACCACGGACAAGAUGCCGGUGUUGUGUGCUCAGACUCAUCCGUUCCAGAGCGGGCUCCAAUCCGACUGGUUGAUGGUUCGAGUCGCUGUGCUGGGAGAGUCGAGGUGUUUCACAACCAGGAGUGGGGAACCGUGUGUGAUGACAGCUGGGACAUAACAGAUGCUGGAGUUGUGUGCAGGCAGCUGGGCUGUGGGACGGUGCUAUCAGCCCUAGCGGGGGCUCAAUUUGGGCAAGGAUCUGACCGUAUCUGGCUGGAUGAUGUUCAGUGCACAGGGACAGAAGCUGCCCUCGCCGAAUGCAGGGUUCGGCCUUGGGGAGACAAUAACUGUCACCAUAGAGAAGAUGCCGGUGUUGUGUGCUCAGACUCAUCCGUUCCAGAGCGGGAUUCAAUCCGACUGGUUGAUGGUUCGAGUCGCUGCUCUGGGAGAGUCGAGGUGUUUCACAACCAGCAGUGGGGAACCGUGUGUGAUGAUGGCUGGGACAUAACAAAUGCUGAAGUUGUGUGCAGGCAGCUGGGCUGUGGGACGGCAUUAUCAGCCCUAGCGGGGGCUCACUUUGGACAACAAUCUGACCCCAUCUGGCUGGAUGAUGUUCAGUGCACAGGGACAGAAGCUGCCCUCUCCGAAUGCAGGGCUCGGCCUUGGGGAGACAAUAACUGUCACCAUGGAGAAGAUGCCGGUGUUGAGUGCUCAGAUCAGGGCCAGCUGAGUCUGCGGCUGACGAGUGGCCCAAGCCCCUGCUCUGGGCGAGUGGAGGUGCUGAUUAACAACACCUGGAGUGCCGUGUGUGACGCCGGCUGGGGCCUGCCGGAGGCGGGGGUGGUGUGCAAGCAGCUGGGCUGCGGCCCGGCGCUGUCAGCCCCGGGGGCUGCUCAGUUCGGCCACGGGGCCGGCGACGUCUGGCUGGAGGGCGUGAGCUGCUUGGGCCAGGAGUCUCUCAUCAGCGAGUGCCAGCUGAGCCGGCUGGGUCCCGGGCAGUGUGGCCAUGGCUCCGAGGCCAGCGUGGUGUGUGCCGGGCAGGCCGGCUCUGGGCUGCUCUUGUCCCUGCUCCUCGGCCUGGGGGCUGUCGUGGUGCUGAUCUUCGUGGCCCUGCUCUGCUGGAGGAUGCGGCGGGACGGAGCCGCUGGGAACCCCCUGGGCCAUGUGCACCUGAAGGAGCUGAGGGCUCCAGGGACCCCACCCCGGUCCCAGGGAGCGGCAAAUCCAGAGCCCUCCGAGGAGCCCGACAGCCAGAUGACCUGGCUGGUGAGGGAAGACAUGGUGCUGUGAGAGCCGCGUGCCAGCCGGGCUGGGCUGGGCUCAGCCUGCACUGAGAGAUGGGCCGGUGGGAUCCUGCUCAGAGCAUCCCCAGAGCUGCCAGCUGCCUGGACUGUGGGGAUGCUGAUGGGGCUCAUCUGGGGGCUGGGGAUCUCCACUCCCACUGUGGGGCCCCUGGCACCAUUGUCCCCCCAGCUGACUUGGAAAACUCCCCUGCUCCGCCCCACCCCCAGCUUUCCCUGCUGUAGUUCCCAGCAGCUCCCACGCCCAUCCCUGAGCAGCCUGUGCCCAGCCAAGCAGACAGCAUGUUGUGCGCCCUGCAGAACCAUUGUCAGGUGCACAGGGACAGCCGGCUCCUUCCCCACCCAGUGACCGUCCCAACAUUUAAAUGAGCUAUGGGGAGAGACUGACUAUGGGUGUCUGCCUGUGCCUGAUGUGCCAGGCCCUGGUAAAGCCUGGUGUUCUCAUAUGUAUGUGCCCAGUACAGCCUGAUCUCGAGGCACCAGGCCCUAUCUGUCUGUGCCCAAUGCACCCUGAGCUCAGGGCACCAGGCCCCGUCUGUCUGUCUGUGCCUAAUGCACCCUGAGCUUGGGGAGCCAGGCCCCGUCUGUCUGUCUGUGCCCAAUGCCCUCUGAGCUCAGGCCACCAGGCCCCAUCUGUCUGUGCAGCAGCCAGUUCGGGCCCCCAGUAAAUGAUCAUUACAGCUUCAAGUGUGUAGAUAAGGUGCAGAAAUACGUGCAGCUGCAUGAUGGUAACUUCCUUAAUGGAAAGGGAUGGGCCGGGUUACAGAUACAGAUACAAAGAGCUUGUCUCUAACCUUCCCUCCCCCACCCCAUCCUUGUGCUGUAUAAAUACCCUGUGGUAAUAUUACACAGCUAGACACGGAGACAGCAGCUGCAUCCAGACAUGAGCCCUGUUGCACAUUUCCCAGGGGAAGAUGUUGGGGAACAAUCACAUUAUUCCCCCUUUUCUUUGCAUUAGUAGCAUAUUGGCAGCUGAAACCUUUCUGAUUUCUUGUAAUUCCCGAAAGCUUCCACAAGGUGUCAAUGGCUCCCCACUCCUCAAAGUGCCCCACUCUCAUCCCCUCUGUAGUAGGGUGACCACAUGUCCUGUUUUGGCAGGGACAGUCCCUUUUUCAGCUCUGUUCAGGCCGUCCCUACUUUUUUUCAGUAAAACUGGACAUUUGCCCUGAUUUGUGAAGGCAGCGCUGCCUUCAGAGCUGUCCCCCCGGGCAGCAGUCCCCGAUCUCCGCUGCACACUACAUGCAGUUCUUAUGUCUGGGUCAACCUAGGACAGCUGUUCACUGCUUGCAUUACAGGAUAGUGAGGAGUAUACUUAGAGGAUUGUACCUCAGAGAUGUAUAAUCCCUUCCCGAGCAGCCUGGUGUUCUGGUAAAAUGAGUGUGCUGCACACAUUACAGUGGGGCAUUCCUCCCUGAGCUCAGUGAGUGCAGUCAUGACUGGUAGGACGCACAGAGAGUAGGGUGACAGAGUGGAGAGCAGAGAGAUGUGGCUGCUGCCAGGGGGAUCAGCUCUGAAGGCAGCGAUGCCUGCCAGCAGCAGCAGAGAAAGCUGCUGCUGUCAGACAGUGCUAAUUUCAGAACUGACCCCAAGGAAGCAGCCCCGCUUGCUGGCCGCAGGGCAGAGCAGAGAAGUAAGGGUGACAUGGUAUUGCCACCCUCACUUCUGCACUGCCUCAGAGUCUGAGCUUCCCUUACUGUAAGGCUCAGAAUAAAAUGCUUUGAUCAACUUAACCGGAGGCUGUAUAGAAGUACUAAAUUAAUUUUCCCGUCAGCUUAGUGCGAGGUCAGCAACGAGAAAGUAGAAACUGAUGGGCACAGAUCAUAGCUAAAUGGAUUGUCAGCAUCAGCAGUGUUGAAGGAUGCCGCACGCAGGUAAUCCGAUGGAGGUUAGUGGCAGUGCUCUGAUUUGUAAAUGCUGGGUUUUUUUCUGGUUAGUUGAGUUGCAGCUGCAGGCUGAAAGCAGCGUGAUGGUCUCUUCCCAGCUCCAAGGUUUGCCUUGCUUGGGAGCCUGAGUGUUGAGACAGUGUGAAAUAGGAAGGAUUUUUAAUUGCACAUUUUGUUUUAGCUAAGAGUCUCCCUGAGCCAAACAGGCUGCCUGCCGUAGAGGCAGAGGGCCGUGCCCAGAUGCUGGGCUGGGCCAGUGUUCCGAGAAAGCCUUGUGACGGAACACUUGCAAAUCAGUUCUUCCCUGGUGUUUCAGUAUCAGAUUUACCAGGCCGUAGAGAUCUCUAGUGUAAACCCUUCGACUUGGAGAUUAACUUGGCGCAUAGCAAGAAAUUGGUUCAGCAAAACAGAGGCUGUUAGGAGCAGGGUCCCAGCUGGAGGCAGACUGACAUCAUGUAUCCAAAACAUCCCUACAAGGAGCACACACAGUUCAUUGACACACAUGUUCUCCUUUGACAAGGGCUGGUUGUGUUACAAGUAAGGGUGGCAAUACCACCAUGCUACUUUUACUUCUGUGCUGCUGCUGGCGGGGGCGCUGUCUUCAGAGCCAGGCAGGCCAGCAAGCAGCCGAUGCUCUCCAUUGCCCAGCUGUGAAGGCAAUGCUGCCCUCAGUCACAGGAUGGUGCCAGGUGAUGCUUUUGUUCUUUUUGGAGGGGUGUGGGGGUGAGCCUUGUGCAUAUCUGUGUCCUUAGAAGAAUCAAUUGUUUGUGUGUGGUCAUUUUUUGCUAUAAAAAUGUCUAGGAAACAGCUGUGUAAUUGUAAU